AGGGAAAGAGAGGAAAAAAGAAAAUAUCUACAAGCCAAUAGCAGAGAACUCAACUCUACCUUUGGAUAUCCCAACAAUACCAUCAAGACCUCAAGAUACAGUGUCUUUAACUUCUUGCCCCUGAACCUGUUUGAACAAUUCCAGAGACUUGCAAAUGCAUAUUUCCUCAUUUUGCUAUUCCUACAGUUGAUUCCCCAGAUCUCCCCCUUGGCGUGGUACACGACUGUGAUACCCCUGAUGGUGGUGCUAUCCAUAACAGCAGUGAAGGAUGCCAUCGAUGAUGUGAAAAGACACCAAAAUGACAAUCACGUCAACAACCGUUCUGUUCUGGUGGUGAUGAAUGGCAGGAUAAAGGAAGACAAAUGGAUGAAUAUUCAAGUGGGAGAUAUAAUAAAACUAAAAAAUAAUCAGCCUGUCACGGCUGAUGUGCUAUUACUCUCUAGCAGUGAGCCCUAUGGUCUGACAUAUAUAGAAACAGCAGAACUGGAUGGUGAAACCAACCUGAAAGUGAAGCAGUCCAUCUCAGUUACCAGUAACUUGGAAGAUAACCUGGGGCUGCUGUCUUCUUUUGAUGGAAAAGUAAGGUGUGAGUCUCCCAAUAACAAGUUGGACAAAUUCACAGGAAUACUGACUUUUAAGGGAAAAAACUACACCCUGGACCAUGACAAGCUGCUACUCCGAGGCUGCAUCAUCAGGAAUACAGACUGGUGCUAUGGCUUGGUGAUUUAUACUGGACCAGACACCAAAUUAAUGCAGAACUGUGGAAAGUCUACCUUUAAGCGGACACACAUGGACCAUCUCUUGAAUGUCCUUGUGCUCUGGAUUUUCCUGUUUUUAGGUGGCAUGUGUUUUAUCCUAGCAAUUGGGCAUGGCAUUUGGGAGAACAAGAAAGGCUACUACUUCCAGGAUUUUCUACCAUGGGAAGAAUUUGUGUCUUCAUCAGUUGUCUCUGCCAUCCUCACGUUCUGGUCCUAUUUCAUUAUUCUCAACACUAUGGUGCCCAUUUCCCUUUAUGUCAGUGUUGAGAUAAUAAGACUGGGCAACAGUUUCUAUAUCAACUGGGAUCGGAAGAUGUAUUAUGCACCAAAGAAUACACCAGCACAGGCUCGCACCACCACCCUUAAUGAGGAACUUGGCCAGGUCAAAUAUGUGUUCUCCGACAAAACUGGAACCCUGACUCAGAACAUCAUGAUUUUCAAUAAGUGUUCUAUUAAUGGGAUAAUCUAUGGUAUGCAUGCCUUCCUGCUUUCCCUGAGUCCUAGGGAAAUUCUAUGUUAUGGCUAUGACAAGAAUGGACAAAGGGUAGAAGUCUCUGAGGAAACAGAAAAGGUCGACUUCUCCUACAACAAACUGGCUGAUCCUAAGUUUUCAUUUUAUGACAAUACUUUGGUGGAAGCCAUGAAAAAGGGAGAUCACUGGGUGCACUUGUUUUUCCUCUCACUCUCAUUGUGUCACACUGUGAUGUCAGAAGAGAAAGUGGAAGGUAAGCUGGUGUACCAGGCUCAGUCCCCAGAUGAAGGUGCCCUCGUCACUGCUGCAAGGAACUUUGGCUUUGUAUUCCGUUCCCGUACAUCUGAGACGAUCAUGGUAGUUGAAAUGGGUGAGACCAAAGUCUACCAACUGCUGGCUAUUUUGGACUUCAGUGCUGUGCGCAAGAGGAUGUCUGUUAUUGUGAGGACACCUGAAGAUCGAGUAAUGUUAUUCUGCAAGGGUGCAGACACCAUUCUCUGUCAGCUGCUCCAUCCAUCCUGUAGAUCCCUCAGAGAUGUGACCAUGGAACAUUUAGAUGAUUUUGCCUUUGAAGGUCUCCGCACCCUCAUGGUGGCCUACCGAGAAGUGGAUAAUGCCUUCUACCAGGCCUGGAGCAAGAAGCACAGUGAAGCCUGCCUGUCUUUGGAAAAUCGGGAAGAUAAAAUAUCAGAUGUCUACAGAGAGAUGGAAAAAGACUUGAUGCUGUUAGGGGCCACAGCCAUAGAAGACAAGCUCCAGGAUGGUGUACCUGAGACAAUCACCACCCUGAACAAAGCCAAAAUUAAGAUAUGGGUCUUAACUGGAGAUAAGCAAGAGACUGCUGUGAACAUUGCCUAUGCCUGUAACAUAUUUGAGGAAGAAAUGGAUGGGAUAUUCAUCGUGGAAGGCAAGAAUGAUGAGACUGUUCGGCAAGAACUCAGGUUGGCAAGGAAAAAGAUGAAACCUGAGUCUCUACUGGAAUCAGACCCAGUAAACACCUACCUGAACACGAAGCCCCAAAUGCCCUUCAGAAUACCUGAGGAGGUGCCCAAUGGCAACUAUGGCUUGAUCAUCAAUGGCUACAGUCUGGCCUAUGCUCUAGAAGGGAACCUGGAGUUGGAACUGCUGCGAACAGUGUGCAUGUGCAAGGGAGUGAUCUGCUGCCGGAUGACACCCCUUCAGAAGGCCCAGGUGGUAGAGCUGAUGAAGAGGUACAAGGAGGUGGUGACACUGGCCAUCGGGGAUGGGGCCAAUGACGUCAGCAUGAUCAAAGCUGCCCACAUUGGGAUUGGCAUCACUGGCCAGGAGGGAAUGCAGGCCAUGCUCAACAGUGACUACGCCAUCUCCCAGUUCUGCUAUCUUCAGCGUCUACUCUUGGUCCAUGGCCGAUGGUCCUACAAUCGCAUGUGCAAGUUUCUCAGCUACUUCUUUUACAAAAACUUUGCCUUCACCCUGAUGCACUUCUGGUAUGCCUUCUUCAGCGGGUUCUCUGCACAGACAGUUUAUGAUACCUGGUUUAUCACUUUCUACAACCUGGUCUACACCUCCCUCCCUGUCCUGAGCUUGAGUCUGUUUGACCAGGACGUGAAUGAAACAUGGAGUCUACGCUUCCCAGAGCUGUAUGACCCAGGCCAGCACAACCUCUAUUUCAACAAGAAGGAAUUUGUGAAGUGUUUAGUGCGUGGGAUCUAUAGUUCCUUCGUGCUGUUCUUUAUCCCUAUGAGAACCAUUCACAACUCAGUGCACAGUGAUGGGAAAGAGAUCUCUGACUACCAGUCCUUCUCCCUGCUAGUACAGACUGCCUUGCUCUGCGUGGUCACAGUGCAGAUUGCUCUGGACACAACCUACUGGACGUUGAUAAGCCACAUCUUCACCUGGGGUAGCCUGGGUUUCUACUUUUGCAUCUUAUUCCUCCUGUACAGUGAUGGCUUGUGCCUAAUGUUCCCCAAUGUCUUCCAAUUCCUAGGUGUGGCCAGGAACACUCUGAACCUGCCACAAAUGUGGCUGAUUAUUAUCCUCAGCGUGGUCCUCUGUAUUUUGCCUGUGAUUGGGUACCGAUUUCUCAAACCAUUGUUCUGGCCUGCCGACGUGGACAAGAUCAUGAACAGAAUUCAUCUUUGGACAAGACAUCCACUGCUACCCCCUACCCAGACCAAACUGAGACACACAAGGCCUCGACGUUCUGCCUAUGCAUUCUCCCACAAACAGGGCUUUGGGGCCCUCAUCACUUCAGGCAAAACAAUGAAGGACAAGGUAUUCAAGAAAAACAGCUUUUCUUUUAAAAAGUAAAGGCCCAUGGGGAAAUCCCAAAGGAAUCAGUCAUUGAUCUUCCUCCCUUGUAUCCACACAAAUUAAUAAGGAUGGAUUAGAGCCCCAGGGAAACUAGCAUAAACCUGCCAUUCUGCUCUCACUCUAGGGGCUCAGCCUCUUCAUUCCCUAGAAGGUUGUGGCCAGGUAAGGCAAGGAAAGGUAAAGAAAGGACCUCCAGAUAUCUGUCAGAGUUGCAGCGGUUCAAGAAAAAGUGACGUCAGGCUUCCCUUCCACCACCCCUUCCAAGUUUUAAUCCAGACAAGCAACUAUGGAAGUGGUGAGUGAAGAGGGGCAAUGUAAGAAAGGGGAAAAAAAUAUAUAGAUAUAUAUAUAGAUACAUACAUAUAUCUCCUAAGAAUCUUACUUUGGGUCCUGUUUCCCAUACCCAGAGCAACUGUAAACAUUUCCAGGGCUCCACACAAGUAUAUCUCACCAGAUACCUUUCUCAGGUUCAUCUGGGGAAUUCAGGGUAAGUCUUUUGCUGGCCCUGGGUCUCAAAAGGAGGAGGCAGCUAUGAGAAGUUGGUCAUAAAAAGCUGAAGGAGAGUUUCCGGACCAAAAAGAAAAAAAAAGCUGGGGGGGCGAGGAGCUGGUUCCUGCCUUGAUAAGACAGCUCAAGAUUUCGCCUUCUUCCCCUCUCUUUGACCCCUUUUAUCCAAGAACUGACACCUUUUCAGGCUUUAGAACUGGGAGAAGGAGACUGCUGGGGAUGUUUAAAAAUCCUUUCUUGAGGGGGCAUAAGCCACAAUUGGUGAACAUUUGUCUUCAUUCCAUAAAAUUACUUUGAGAAGAAAUUGUAUGUACUCGGGAAAUUGUUUCUGAGAAGUUUAUGGAGUAAUAAAUUGCUUAUUUUGGAGUGGAGAGAUGUGUAUGAUCUGUUGGAUCCCAGUGACAAUAACAUCCAAGCA